AUGAGGUAUUCUGCUCUAUUAUCAAUUAUUACAUUGUCAACGGUUGAUGCAUUUCCAACCUUAAAGUUUUGGCAAGACAUUGUGCCUUUGGGUGAGACUGCACACAAUCAAGGUAAUCAGGCAGUUCUUGUCAACCCACAGGUUAGUGAAGCAGAGCCGCAAUUCGACAUCCAACUGAUUAAUCGUGGACAGCAGCAGCAACAGCAAGAAGAGGAGACACCUGGUCUGGUCCAGUAUGAAGACGCUGAAUCAAUCACCAUUGAUGAUAUAAUUGAUGAAUCUGCUUAUUUGAAAUUGCCAGAAAUCGAUUCUGAAUCCUUACAAUCAACUAUCGAAGAACUGAAUUUGCGCAAACGUGCCGAAUCGUUAUUUAAAAUUGCCCAAUACUCGACUAAAAAGUAUGGCCAUCCAACUAGAGUAAUUGGUUCUCCAGGCCAUUGGGCUACCAUCAGAUAUAUCAUAUCGGAAUUGAAGAAAUUAGGUGGGUAUUACACCAUCAAAACUCAAAGUUUCAAAGCAAUUGACGGACAUGUCGAGUCAUUUUCGUUAUUGAUUGAUGGUGUGCAACCAAAAAGUUUGAAAUCAUUGGCUUUAACCCCACCAACAGCUGAUAAACGUCCAGUGCAUGGUAACUUGGUAUUAGUCGAGCUGAAUGGAUGUUCAUUGCAUGAUUAUCCCCAUUUGACCAAAGGCAACAUUGUUUUGAUUAAACGAGGUGAAUGUUCAUUUGGUGACAAGUCGAGAAAUGCUGGUAAAUUGGGAGCCAAAGGAGCAAUAAUCUAUGAUUCUCAAGGUGCUGUGUCAGGAACAUUGGGAACCCCCAAUGGUGAAGAAGUUGCCACUGUUGCCGUUGAUGAAAAAGACGUUGAUGAAUACAUCAAGGAAUUGAAGACCAAUCCUAAUCAUCAAUUUGAAACUACGUUGUAUGUUGAUGCUUAUGUUAAGAAUAUAUCCACUAUAAAUGUUGUUGCUGAUACUGUAUUUGGUGAUCAUGAUAAUAUAGUUUCGUUGGGUGCCCAUUCAGACUCAGUAGGAGCAGGACCCGGCAUUAAUGAUGAUGGAUCGGGUACUAUAUCAUUGCUAGAAGUUGCUCAGCAAUUGACCAAGUACAAGAUUAACAAUGCCGUUAGGUUUGCAUGGUGGGCAGCUGAAGAAGAAGGAUUAUUAGGAUCAAGUUACUACGCUGAACAUUUAUCUAAAGGAGAUAAUGAGAAAUUGAGAUUGUUUAUGGAUUACGAUAUGAUGGCUUCUCCUAAUUAUGAAUAUGAAGUUUACGACGCUAAUAAUAAAGACCAUCCUAAUGGAUCGGGAAAUUUGCGCGAUUUAUAUAUCGAUUGGUACAAAACCCAUGGUUUGAAUUAUACAUUGGUUCCAUUUGAUGGUAGAUCAGAUUACGUCGGGUUUAUUGAACAAGGUAUACCGGCCGGUGGUAUAGCCACAGGAGCAGAAAAGUUGAAGGAUAAAGAGGCGAAACAUAAAUUUGGUGGCGAUUUAGGCAAAGCAUUUGAUCCAUGCUACCAUCAGUUAUGUGAUGAUUUGUCGAAUCCAAGUUAUGAAGCAUGGGGGUUGAAUACUAAAUUGAUUGCUCACUCAGUGGCUACCUACGCUAAAACAUUUGACGGGUUCCCCAAGAGAGAUAAAGUUGGUGGUGACGAAAAAGUCCAACAACAACUGAUUGGUAAUGAUGUGUUGUUUACUAGAAGGGGUGAUUUAUAUGUGAUUUAG